UUCUUUUUAUUAGUUUGCAGGCUGAAAUCAUCGGUCAGCUUUCUUACUCGACCAGAUCAACCAAAUCUUGCUUAUCAUAAACUAAAAGGCAGGAAUCCAGGAGUUAUCUUCCUUCCAGGCUUUAAUUCAAAUAUGAAUGGUCAGAAAGCAACUGCCCUUGAAGAUUUCUGCAACUCUCUAGGUCAUGCCUUUGUCAGAUUUGAUUAUACAGGAUGUGGAAGUUCAGGUGGUAAAUUUGAAGAGUGUACAUUUGGGAAGUGGAGAAAAGAUGUUCUGUGUAUACUGGAUGAACUUACAGAUGGACCACAGAUUCUGGUGGGCUCCAGCAUGGGUGGAUGGCUGAUGCUUCAUGCUGCAAUAGCACGCCCAGAUAAAGUAGCUGCUCUAGUUGGAGUAGCUGCAGCAGCAGACUAUCUUGUAACAACUUUUAAGCAGCUUCCCAUUGAGGCACAAAAAGAAAUAGAAGAAAAAGGCGAAUGGAGGUUUCCAACAAGGCAUAAUGAGGAAGGAUAUUACUCCUUGAGAUAUAACAUUAUCCAAGAAGCAGAAAAUCACUGUUUGCUGAAUAGCCCUAUUCCUGUAACAUGUCCCAUACGACUUAUUCAUGGCAUGAAGGACAGUGAUGUCCCUUGGCAGAUCUCUAUGCAAGUUGCUGAUCGUGUUUUGAGCAAAGAUGUGGAUGUUAUCCUCCGCAAAACUGGCCAACAUCGGAUGAGUGAGAAGGAGGAUAUAAAACUUCUUGUGAACACUGUUGAUGAUUUAAUUGACAAGCUGGCAACACUCUCUUAA